GAACCCGCCCUAUUCCAGGUUGGGGAGAAAUUAGUUGAACGUUUCAGAGAAGUCACAGAAGUACCACUAAAAAGUUUGACGUAUGGAGUUGUGGGCUUUAUCGGAAUGAAACUCUAGCGGGAAUUAGUCUACAAUAAGCUUUAUUUAGAUUGUCCGGAAUAAAAUAUGGAAUCGAUGCCACGACGCAAUGAAUAUUUGGUUAUUGAAGCACCACUUUUUUAAUGACCAUAUCUGUCAAAAAGCUACAUAAAAUAUCCAUAUGCUACAAGUGAUCUGCGAUGGAGUUGUAAACUGUCUGACAGCUUCCAAUAAAGAGUGUGAUAACAACAGUGCCAGAUGUCAGUAGAUCCUCUGUCUGCAGUCUGCUGUGUUGUGGCGCCCUCUGCUGGGUGAAGGGGGAAGGCCAGGGCCAGGCAGGAUGGAGAAUGUGUUUGAGGAGGGGAUGAACCCUGUGAUCGUGGCCCACUACAACCACUCUGGGAAGUGGGGUCGGCCGAGGAGCAGUGGGGUCUGUAAGACUGCUGUCCUCCUCCUCAUCUGUAUUCUAAUCGUGCUGGAGAACGUUACAGUGCUGCUGGCGUUAUGGAGGAACAAACGCUUCCACAGCCGCAUGUACUUCCUCAUCGGUAACCUGGCCCUAUCUGACAUGCUAGCCGGGGUGGCCUAUGUGGUCAACAUUUUCACCUCUGGCGGCAAGACCUUUUUUCUAACACCGGUCCAGUGGCUGGCAAGAGAGGGCAGUAUGUUCGUGGCCCUCAGCGCCUCCACCUUCAGCCUGCUGGCCAUUGGCAUCGAGAGACACAUGACCAUGGUGCGGCUGCGUCCGUGCGAGGCAGCAGGACGGGGGAGGUUACUGGGCCUGCUGGGGGCAUGCUGGGCCGUGUCGGUGCUGCUCAGCGCCCUGCCCUCCCUUGGCUGGAACUGCCUGGAACACCUGGCCUCCUGCUCCACCGUGCUGCCCCUCUAUGACAAGAGCUACGUGGCCUUCUGCAUCAGCGUCUUCAGCGCCCUGCUGGUGGCCAUCAUCAUCCUCUACAUCCGCAUCUACCGCCUGGUGACGUCCAGCGGGCGGAGGGUGAGCAGCAGGCCCUCGGAGCACUCACUGGCCCUGCUGAGGACGGUGGUAAUAGUUCUGGGGGUGUUUGUGAUGUGCUGGGCCCCACUGUUCCUGCUGCUGCUGCUGGAUGUGGGCUGCAGCCCUGAGCGCUGUCCAGUGCUCUACCAUGUAGACUGGUUCAUCGCCUUGGCUGUGCUCAAUUCAGCCGUCAACCCCCUCAUCUACACAUUGUCCAGCAUGGAGAUGAGAGCAGCCUUCUUCAGGCUGCUGUGCUGCUGUCAGCCUCACCUGGAGGCCACAGCCUCCAUGGCAGGCAACCCCCACCUGGGGACAGUCAUCCCCACGGCCGAGAACAGCAGGUCCAGUGUGGGUGGAGGAGGGAGUAGGAUAACGGGGGCUGCCAAGUCUCUGACCCGGGGGAAGAUGACCACGCCCCUGAACUCUAAUACAGGGCCGGCCGACCUGGUGUCAGCGGUGCUGGUCAAGGCUGGUGCACUGCCGUCCCUCAGCAAAUUCUGACUUGACAGCUAAUUCACUGUAGACUGGUCCUAGAUCUGUAUGUGCUCUAGUAGUCUAGCCAACUCCUCUGACUAUCGUUAUCAUGCGAUGUCUGUCAUAGUUGGCUAAAGCACAUGCAGAUCUUGGACCAGGCUAGAUUCACACUGCAUGGGUAACUGGCAAUGCUGUGAGUGGGCAUGGUACAGGCAUGGACACUGGGGCUAUUUCAGUAUGCAUUGGUGAAAGUAUUGACUGAAGAGACCUUGGGUAGACACUCAGAUGAGGUUUGUACUGAUGAACUUGCUGUAAAGCAGGGGUUCCCACGUUUUUUUGGCCCCUGACCCCUUUUUAAACUUUUUUAUUGGGUCUAUGACACUCUAUUACAAAUCAGCCUGACAGUAUUUCAAUCUGAAGUGCCUGAAGUGGCUCUGUCACUCAGAAAUGUAUUCCAGCUUCUGCCUGCCGGCUGUAACACUUGGUGUAGGCUAUCUGCCCCUCCCCUUUGUAGCAUAGGUUACUGUAGCCCACUGACGAUGUUACAAGAGUCAUUCAGAUAUUAGAGAGAUAUGUUUAUUGGAGAAGAAUGGAUUGACUUUUUAAAAUGUUAGUUAAGGAUACUAUAGUUAUCACAUUUCACAAUGGACAUUUAUUAACUACAAAAAGGUAAGAUGUGUUUUUAAUUAUUGUGCUGCUCUGCACACACAAGCUAGCUAGCUAAUGCUUGCAAUGCUCCAACGUUAAUAAACCAACUCGGAAGUUGAAAGACAUUUGAAGUUCCUCCAUAGAACCCGCUCCUCCGUAUAGGUAUACUUCUGGGGGCCUAAUUCAGAUAAUGCAUGUCAUAACAAGAUGCCCAGUGCUUCAAAGGAAGCUUCCUCCAUUCUCUGUCACCCUCAAAAUUGAUGUUGCAUCUUGUGUCCUACACUGUGUGUGUUUGUCUUUCAUUGAGAUUAAACCAUGCUGUUAAAAUGUGCUCUUAACAACUUUCCUAUACAGCUAAAAUUGCUUACGCGUUCCACAGCAAGCUGCUUUAUUUUCACUGAUUUGUUGAAGUAAUUUAAUGUCGAGCUAAAUGUCAAAUAUAUAUACACUACAAAAUAUGUGGACAUCCCUUCAAAUUGUUGGAUUUGGCUAUUUCGGCUACACCCUUGCUGACCAGUGUAGAAAAUCGAGCACACAGCUAAGCAAUCUCUGUAGACAGACAUUUUCAGUAGAAUGGCCCAUACUGAAGAGCUAAGUGACUUUCAAUAUGGCAACGUCAUAAGAUUCCAUCUUUACAACAAGUCAGUUUGUCAAAUCUGGGUUUGGCAGAUGCAAGGAUAACGCUAGUGCCAACUGUAAAGAUUGGUGGAGGAAUAAUGGAAUAAUGGUCUGGGGCUGUUUUUCAUGGUUUUGGCUUGGC